AUGGUUGUUGAAAACACGCUCGUCUGGCAAAAAGCCGACGAUGAGGAAAAGGGCGGUGUCCGUGCCUCUCGCCAUGACCGAUUUGCCUUGGAAAAGGGUGAAGGUGGUGAUGAGAACGACGAUGGCUCGCCUUCGUCUUCCAGUGGCGGCGCCCGUAUGCGCAACAGGUCGGCCCGUCAACGGUCACGCUCAUCACGCCGCUCGAUUGACCCAUCUGCAGCUCUUCCCAUCCAGUACCGCACACUCUCCCAGGACAUUGAUGAUGCCGAGCGCCAGCGCAAGGGCGAACAGACCAAGGCCAAGGAUGCCAUGGUGUCGAAAUUCGAGGCCAUCGACUGGCACAAGAUCUCCUCGGCCGAGCUGGAAAAGCGCCUCGACACCAGCAUCGUCGCUGGUCUGUCGGCCAACACGGCCAAGGACCGCCUCCGCACGCACGGCGCCAACGCCAUCUCGCCCCUGCCCAACCCGUGGUUCGGCAAAGUCGUCGGGUACUUCUUCAAGGGCUUCGGUUCUAUCCUGGCGGUUGGCGGCAUCUUGGUGUUUCUGUCAUGGAAGCCGCUCGGCGAGCCGGCACCCGCUGUCGCCAACUUGGCCCUCGGCAUUGUCCUGAUUGCCGUCUUCCUCCUCCAGGCCGCCUUCAAUGGCUGGCAGGACUGGUCCUCGUCGCGUGUGAUGCAGUCCAUCACCGCCAUGCUUCCGGCCUCGUGCCACGUCCUUCGCGAGAACGGCAUCCAGACGGAGAUUGCCGCUGCCGACCUCGUGCCCGGCGAUGUGCUGCUGCUGACGGCCGGCGACCGCAUCCCUGCCGAUGUCCGCUACGUGCGCGUGUCGCAUGACAUGACAGUCGACCGGGCCGUCUUGACGGGCGAGUCGAAGCCGAUCAAGGCCAGUGCGUCCGAAGGCCGCACGGCGGCCGCCAGCGACAACUACCUCGAGACCAACUGCAUUGGCCUGCAGGGCACGCACUGCGUGACGGGCACGGCGCGCGCGGUGGUGGUGGCAACGGGCGAUUCCACCGUGUUUGGUCAGAUUGCCAAGCUGACGAGCACGCCCAAGACGGGACUGACAACGAUGGAGCGCGAGAUUCUGCGCUUUGUGCUGCUCAUCUUUGUCAUCAUGGUGACCUGGAUUGUCGUGCUCGUGGCUGUCUGGGCCGGCUGGCUGCGCAAGGCACAUCCCGACUGGAUUAGCGUGCCGAUGCUGAUUGUCAGUGCCGUCAGUGUGGCCAUUGCCUAUAUUCCCGAAGGCCUACCCAUUGCCACGACGGCGAGCUUGACCAUCACGGCCAAUCUCAUGAAGAAGCAUCGUAUCCUGUGCAAGUCGCUCAAGACCGUUGAGACGUUGGGUGCCGUGUCCGUCAUUUGCUCCGACAAGACCGGCACUCUGACCAAGAACAAGAUGUAUGUCACCGACUGCUCGCUGGGUGUCACGACCUACACCACCGACGAGGUAGUACUGCUGGCUGAGGGUGCCCCCGCCUCCGCGUUCCCGUCGCCCUUGAACCAGUUGUGUGCUGGUGCGGGACUGUGCAACACCGCCGAGUUUGAUACAGCCGCCGAGGACGAGGAUGAUGUCGAGGCCAAUGGUCCCAAGAAAGAGCGCCGCAUCUUUGGCAACGCCACGGACCAGGCCGCCCUGCGUCUCGCCGACCGCCUGGGCCACAUUGCUGAGCUGCGUGCCGCCUGGUCCACCGUCGCCGACCUCGCCUUUGACAGCAAGACCAAGUACAUGGCCACCGCCCUUGCCCUCAACGACACCAGCAACAACAACAGCAUAGCACACCAGUGCCUGACACACGGCGAGGUGGUGGACAGCACGUUUGGCAAAAUCAACCCCAGUGCGCCGGCUCUACCACUGCCUGCCGUUCAGCAGAACACGCUCCUGUUUCUCAAGGGCGCGCCGGAUAUGCUCCUCGACAAGUGCACGCGCAUUGUGCAGGCGGGCGUCGGUGAGGGGGGCAGUAGCGUCGUCGCCUUGACGCCCACGACGCGUGCCGCUGUGCAGCAGACCAAGGACGCUUGGUCCGCCGAGGGACGCCGUGUGAUUCUCGUCGCGCGCAAGAUUCUUGCUCCUGGUGUGCUCGUUAACGGCGCCGCGGCCAAGAACGACGAGCGCCUCAAGAGCGAGGUGCACGCUGGCGCGUUCACGCUGAUCGGCUUGCUGGCGCUCAUGGACCCGCCACGCGACGAGAUCCACGACGUGAUGCAGACGCUGCGCGGUGCCGGCAUUCGCUCGGUCAUGGUGACGGGUGAUUUUGGUCUGACGGCGCUUGCGAUUGCGCGCCAGUGCGGCAUGGUGAGCACGCGUGCGGUGCACGGCAUGGCCGAUCUGGUCCGGUCCCCCAGCAAGAGCGUCGGCAAGAACGUCGGCGCGUCCAGCGAGAAGGCCGACGCGGCACCGUCCGCGGCACCGUCCGCGGCUCGCAAGUGGGCUGCCAAACUGCACGUGGCCCACGCCGACGCUGCUCCGAUGGAUCAUCCGCUGCCGCCCGCGCCCCCGCAAACAACGGCCCUGCUUCUGACCGGUGCCGACCUGCUCAAGGUCAGCGACUACCAGUGGGACCAAAUCUGCUCGGCGACCCACUACCCGGAGAUUGUUUUUGCCCGCACCACGCCCGACCAGAAGCUGCGCAUUGUUCGUGCGUUCCAGGCCCGCGGCGCCGUUGUGGCCAUGACGGGCGACGGCGUCAACGACGCACCCGCUCUCAAGGCUGCCGACGUUGGCAUUGCGCUGGCCGGGGGCUCGGACAUUGCUGUCGAGGCUGCCGACAUGGUGCUGCUUGGCGGGUCAACGUUUGCGAGCGUGGUCGAGGCUGUGCGCUAUGGCCGUCUUGUGUUUGACAACAUGAAGAAGAUCAUCGCGUACCUGCUGCCGGCCGGUUCGUGGUCUGAGUUCUGGCCUGUGUUCACGAAUGUCAUUCUGGGCCUGCCGCAGAUCCUGUCGUCGUUCUUAAUGAUUAUUAUUUGGUGA